UUUUUUUUUUCUUCCUCUUAUCUCUCUCUUCUGCUCUGCUCUGCUCUGCAAGUUACAUAUGGACCCUAUUUCACAACAGCGCCCCGUCUUGGACGUGUCGUCAGCCCGCGGUGUCCGUAGCUCUUCCUCCUCCUCCCCUUCGUCACUGACCCAGAAGAACAACGUUCAAGAUAACGGCGAUGCUUUUGAAAGUCCUGCCUUUGUCUUCCAAAGCCCCACUACCACCAUGUCUCAGACUGACAGCAAUCACCCGCUCUACAACUUCCCUCUUCUCUCUAAUUUUUCUCGGAUGAAAGCUGCUAAUAAUAAUGGCAAUGACAGCACCAGUAGCAAUAGUAAUAGCAACAGCAGCAGCAACAGCAACAACGACAUCAAUAUAGAUCCAUCGUCUCAUUCUCAUGACUCCUCUACACUCUCCCCUAUUACCUCCUAUUGCUCGUCAUCAACUUCUAUCAGAAAAUGGGACACUGACGAUAAAAAGAAUAACACUAAUGCUCCUGCAUCCAUAUCCACCACAAUCAACGCUACUGGUAAUCAGGAUCAGGGUCGUUAUCUAAGGCCUGAUAGCCAUCUAAACAAAAGCGAUGAUGGAGACGAUAAUAGUAAUAAUAAUAAUAAUAACACUAGAUCUUGUACUGGGCAUGGUCGUUCUCUUUCAGUUGAGAACAGCCCAUUGACAGUCUCUUCCAGGAGUUCUUCUCGACGAGGCUCCACCCAAUUCUUACAACCGAUCGAAGUCAAAGAGACGUUGAAUGCCAGCGUUGUUGAAACGGCUGAUGGUCACUUACAACUGAAGCAAUAUGUUCUAAAGCGUAUUAUCGGUCGAGGUGCCUAUGGUAUCGUGAACUUGGGUGUAGACGUCAACACGGGCAUCAAAUAUGCUAUCAAAGAAUUCAGUAAAUCAAAGUUGCGCAGGCAAAAAAAAAAUGCCAACCUGUUCACGUUGGGAAGAGGGCGAGGAAGAGCACCCUUAAGGUCCAAUUCAUCCGAGUCAUCCCCUUUGGAACUGAUUCGAGGCGAGAUUGCAAUUUUGAAAAAGCUAAAUCACGACAAUAUUGUGAGGCUUUACGAAGUCCUCGAUGUCGCCACGGAGGAUUCGAUGUUCAUGGUAUUUGAGCUAUGUGAACGUGGCGUGUUGACGGAUGUGUCGCUUGGCGAUAAAGUUGGCAAGAUCUUUUCGGAUGAGGAAUGCAGGGAUGUGUUUCAACAGAUUGUCCUUGGUAUCGAAUAUCUCCACGAGCACGAUAUUGUACACAGAGACAUUAAACCUGAAAACCUCCUUCUUUCAGCAGAUGGGACGCUCAAGAUUGUGGAUUUCGGUGUUUCAGAAAUGUUUACAAAGAAGGGUGAUGAUAUGACCAAGAAAUCAGCGGGAUCGCCUGCAUUUAUGGCUCCAGAGCUCUGCCAGCUAAUGCGUGAGGAAGUCUCUGGACGAGCUAUGGAUAUCUGGUCUAUGGGCGUCACUUUGUAUUGCAUCCGCUAUGGCCGUCUACCAUUCAGGUUCUCAAAUACUUUAGAUCUGCACAGAGCCAUCCGAGAAGAUGAGCCAGACCUGGAAAGCGAGAAGGAUCCCAGGUUCAAGAAUGUCAUGAAAAGACUAUUGGAAAAGGAUCCAGCCAAGCGCAUUACAUUAGAUGAGCUCAGAGAGGACCCUUGGCUUACAGAUGACGGCCGAGACAAGUUGAUUUGCAAGGAGGAUAAUACUAAGAAUGCUGUCGUAGACGUCUCAGAUGCGGAUCUCGACAAUGCAUUCCAGCGCCUUCAAGGAAUUGUCGCUGUGUUGAAAGCAUUUUCAAAGUUUAAGAGUAUUAUCAAGAGCCAAGCGUCAAAAUCAGCUGCACAAGAAGUUGCCGAAACUACAGAGGUGAUUGGUGAACGUGGCAUAUCGGCACCUGGCGCUUCGCCCGCUUUAAUGAGCCUGUGCUUUCAGGGCGCAGCAGAACCAUCUGUUUCGCCAUCCGAACUUGCUGCCGGGGUAGCUUAAAGCUUGAUCUGAGUCUAGGGCAGCAACAACAGUAAGAGUAGCAUGGACAACGAGAUCAGGGAGCGGAUUAAAGGACAACAAGUUGUUGUCUCAGAAGAAGGAAACCAUCAAUAACCUCAGUAUACGAUACAGAAACUCAUUAGUGGCCAUAAUAGCAUAUUAAAUUAAAGGUUCAUUGCUUG